AUGAUGAUCGAAAAGGUUGUGGUUGCGGCCAACAAAGUUACCAAUGUUGUAAAGAAACCUGCUAAGGAGUCAAGUAGCAGUGACUCUUCUGACUCAUCUGAUGAAGAUGAUGAUACUGUGGUAACCCAUUCAAAUAAGUCUGUAUCUGGUACCAGUAAAAAUGGGUCUGCUUCGGUUUUUGCAAAGAAAGAAAAAAGUGAGAGUUCUGAAUCGAGUGGAUCAGAGGAAAGUGACUCGGAUGAAGAGGAUGCCAAGGUUACCAGGCAACCAAACAAGUCACCAUCCGGGGCUGCUAAAAUCGACUCUGUGAAGAAAGAUGAAAGUGAGAGUUAUGAAGAAGAGAAGAACGUCAAGGUGACAGCUCAACCAAAAUUGGGAACCACUGUUAAAACCAACUCUAAUGCUGUCAAGGAGGAGACAAGUGAUGAUUCAGAGGAAGAUAGUUCGGAUGAUAAUGAUUCUGAUGAAGAGGCUGAAAUGGCACCCUCUAAGCAACCUGCUGUAACCAAGAAGAAAGCUGAUGCUAAAGAGGAAAGCUCAGAAGGAAGUUCAUCAGAUAGUUCAUCGGAUGAUGAAGAGCCUCAGAAGAAAAAGAUUAAGCCAUCAAUUACAGAAGAUGUAAAAUCCAGCAUAAAUGUCUCCAAAGAGGAGAGCAGCGAGUCUGAGGACACUUCAGACGAGAGUUCUGAUGAAGAGCCAUCUAAGCCGCAGCCUGUGCAAAAGACUAAACAAGAUACAAAAAAAACUAGCAGCAGUUCUGAUGAGGAGUCUGAAGAAGAUGAUAGUUCUGAGGAAGAAAAACUUCCAUCCAAAACCCCAAAUAGAAGUGGCACUGAUGUGGAAAUGGUUGAUGCUCCAUCAACACCGAAAACGCCUCAAGCCCCAGUUACCCCUCAAGCCACAGGAUCCAAGACCUUGUUUAUGGGAAAUCUAAGCUACUCAAUUGAGGAAGAAAAUGUGAUGACUUUUUUCAAAAAUGCGGGUAAAAUAGUUGAAGUCCGCUUUGCCAUUAGAGAUGACCAGUUUGCUGGGUAUGGACAUGUUGAGUUUGCCACUGCAGAAGCAGCUCAGAAGGCUCUCAAAUUAAACAAUCAGAUGCUAGAAGGUCGUCCAGUAAGGCUUGAUUUAGCAAAGGAAAGGGGUGCUUUCACUCCUGGUAGUCGGAGCAACGAAAAGCCUUUCCGAAAAGGACAACAGGUUCAGGGGACUGUAUAUGUGCGUGGGUUUGAUGCCAGUGACAGUCUUGAUAAUAUCAAGGCUAAUCUUGGACAGCAUUUUGGCGACUGUGGAGACAUAACACGAAUGUCUAUACCAAAAGAUUACGAGUCUGGGGUUCCUAGAGGGUACGCUUAUAUUGAUUUUGCAGAUAUUAAUGGAUUCAAAAAAGCACUGGAACUUCAUCGGUCUGACUUGGGAGGAUGCACACUAACUGUGGAGGAGGCUAGGCCAAAAGAUGGGGUUAAUGUCAACAAAGAUGUAGAUAAUCGUGGCAGAGGUCGGGGUGGUCCACAAGGCAGAGGUCCAGGUAGUCAUUCUGGCAGAGGUCCGAGUAGCAGACGUCCGGGAAAUCGUACUGGCAGAGGUCCGGGUAGUGGAGAUGGUAGCCGUCGAGGACCUAGCAAACCAAGCAUGGCAUCAGUUGCCACAGGUAAGAAGACUGUUUUUGGUGAUGAUUAA